CGCGUCUUAGGGUCGACGUAGUUUCACAUGGGUGUUCCCCUCUUUCUCUCACCGCACUCGUCUUUUUCGUUGGUCCUGGCUCAGUUUCUCAUCGGGCUCGUCAAGGUUGACAGAGCAGAGACCGUCCUGUUUCCAGUGCUGGAGAUCAGGGAAUGCGUAAAAGGACCUGUGAGGUCAACAUCUGAAAAACAUCAAUGGAAAACCAUUUGAGUUUUGAGGGCAGCGAGAUGUCCAAUGAAGACAAUGACUCGGCCUUUCCCUCUCCAGUGAGACUGACUCCACCCGACCAAAGCACCAUCUAUGACAUAGAGGGGGGGAGGCAGGAACAGCAGGAAGAGGAGAAUGAGGGGGGGGCCCUCUACAUCCCCAGCGAUUCAGAAGCGUAUCUAAACCGGAACACCAAUGCCACCACGAGAGGGGACGCUCAGGCCUACGUGGAGCUGAAUGAGCUCCAGGGCAACAUCUGGCAGGAGACUGGCCGCUGGGUGGGCUACGAGGAGAACUUUAACCCGGCCACUGGGAAAUGGGGUCCUUCUCAUGUCUCCCAUCUCACUUUCAAGAGCUUGAUCCAGCUGCGCAAGACCAUGAGCACAGGUGCCGUCAUCUUCGACCUGAAUGCCAGCAGUCUAUCUACCAUAGUGGAGAAGGUGGUCGAUGAGCUGCUGGACAAGGAUGAGAUCCGCGCCAGUGAUCGCGAUGACCUGCUUAGAGCUCUCCUUAUGAAACGCAGUCAGUUUGAGGAGCCUAUGAUUACUCCCUCAGGAGACAUUGAGAUGAAGACCUUUUCUGUAGCCAAGAAGAGAGACACCUUGGACAAUGUGGAGGCCUCAAUUAUCCUCUCAGGCGUCGUGGACACCCUGCAGAAGCCUGUGACGGCCUUUGUGAGGUUAAGUGACUCCAUGGUGAUGAACUCCUCUCUGGAGUCUCCCGUACCUGUUCGCUUCGUCUUUGUGCUCGUCGGCCCCAGCCAGAGCGGGGUGGACUACAGCGAAAGUGGCCGUGCCAUGGGUGCUCUCAUGGCUGACUGGGUGUUUUGCCUGGAGGCUUUUUUGGCCCAGACUGAAAAAGAUCUGACCAACGCCAUCGCUGACUUCAUGGACUGCAGCAUUGUCAUCCCCCCCACUGAGAUCCAAGACAAGGAAAUGCUUGAGCCAAUCAUCGAUUUCCAGAAGAAGAUGCUGCGUGACAGACUGCGUCCCAGUGACACUCGCCUUGCCUUUGGUGACAGGGUCAAAGAUGAGAAACCUCCGGAGGAGCCACGUGAGGACCCUCUGGCCCGUACAGGCUAUCCCUUUGGCGGGAUGGUGAAGGACCUGAAGCGUCGUUACCGCCACUACAUCAGCGACUACACAGAUGCUCUGAACCCUCAGGUCCUCGCUGCCGUCAUCUUCAUCUACUUCGCUGCCCUCUCUCCGGCCAUCACUUUUGGAGGGCUUCUGGCUGACAAAACUGGAAAACUGAUGGGCGUGUCAGAGCUUAUGGUCUCCACCAGUCUCCAGGGUGUCAUCUUCUCUCUCAUCGCCGCUCAGCCGGUCCUCGUCAUCGGCUUCUCUGGACCUCUGCUGGUGUUUGAGGAAGCUUUUUACUCUUUCUGCGUGACCCAGGGCAUUGAGUACAUUGUGGGCCGUAUCUGGGUGGGGAUGUGGCUGAUAGUGAUCGUGAUCAUCAUCGUGGCCGUGGAGGGCAGCUUCCUGGUCCGAUACAUCUCCCGCUUCACUCAGGAAAUAUUCUCCAUCCUCAUCUCUCUCAUCUUCAUCUAUGAGACGUUUAGCAAGCUCAUCAAGAUCUUCAAAACCCACCCUCUGAUUCUGAACUACGAACACCUGAACGACUCAACGGAAAACCCCUUCCAUCCGGUCAUCAUAGAGCACCCUGUGUUCAGUCACGAUGGCAACGUCACCAUUCACGAGAAGGAGAUCGAAAGGGCCUACCCCAACACUGCCCUGCUCUCUAUGUGCCUGAUGUUUGGUUGCUUCUUUAUCGCGUACUUCCUCCGUCAUUUCAAGAAUGGUCACUACUUCCCCGGCCCCAUCCGCCGUUUGAUUGGAGACUUUGGUGUCCCCAUAGCUAUUUUCUUCAUGAUUGCUGUGGAUAUCAGCAUCGAGGACGCCUACACCCAGAAACUCGUUGUGCCGAAAGGUAUUGAGGUGACCAACCCUAAAAUCCGAGGCUGGUUCAUCAACCCCUUGGGAGAGAAGAAGCCAUUCCCCAUCUGGAUGAUGGGCGCCUGCUGUGUGCCAGCAGUGCUAGUCUUCAUCCUCAUCUUCCUGGAAUCCCAGAUUACUACGCUGAUUGUGAGCAAGCCUGAAAGGAAGAUGGUGAAGGGAUCCGGUUUUCACUUCGAUCUGCUCCUCCUGGUCACCAUGGGGGGGCUCUCCUCCUUUCUCGGGGUGCCGUGGCUGAGUGCUGCCACCGUGAGAUCCGUCACCCACGCCAACGCUCUCACUGUCAUGACCAAGGGCACAAAACCUGAGAUUGAGAAGGUGCUGGAGCAGAGAAUCAGUGGCUUCCUUGUGGCCAUCCUGGUUGGUGUGUCUAUUUUUAUGGAGCCUAUUCUAAGGAUGAUUCCUAUGACCGCCUUGUUCGGCAUCUUCCUCUACAUGGGCAUCACCUCUUUGAGUGGAAUCCAGAUGUGGGACAGGAUGCUUCUGCUGAUCACCCCAAAGAAAUACCACCCGGACGAAGCCUACGCCACCAGGGUUAAGACAUUGCGGAUGCAUCUCUUCACUGUCAUCCAGAUUGUGUGCCUGGGUGUUUUGUGGGCGGUGAAGAUGAGUCCCGCCUCCCUGGCGCUGCCUUUUGUUCUCAUCCUCACCAUCCCUCUGCGCAUGUUUAUGACCGGCACGCUCUUCUCUGCCGCAGAAAUGAAAUGCCUUGACGCGGAUGAUGCCAAAGUGACGUUUGAGGAGGAACCUGGGGUAGAUGUGUACAAUGAGUCCCCGCUGCCAUAAACAACACCGUAUCAUGAAUGUUUCAUUGACAGUGGAACUUUUAAAUGCACUUAAUGCUUGACUAAUAGUAAUUAUAUGAACAUGUAAUAUCAGGUGCCUUUAUCAAUAUGUAUUCAUUAACAAUUAGAGUUUUAAACUUUUAUGUUAUUAUUGUUAAUCUCUAAAAGAAAAUACCAUUUAAGACCUGAGGUAAAUUGAUUUAUAUUAUCCUUUUUCUUUUAGUGUAUACAGUAUAGCUUUAAUGUGACAAGUACUGCUUAUGUUAUAAUAAUACAAUUCCACCUACAUUUAGGGGUGCUAUUAAAGUAAAGCAAAACUCACUAUUCACACUCUAUUUACACACAUUAACACACACAAUUGAUGAAUCUUAUUACGAUUGUAACACCUUCCUUUGUCCCAAAUAGUAACCAAAAACGUUUUAUAUUGUGUUACUUGAGUUUUUCUUAUUUUAUAUAUUAGAUGUGUAUGGAAGCAUGUGUAAUGCACUUAAAUAUAUGUGUGUAAUUGCUUUCAGUUUUAGGAAGAUAAUUGAUGAUGAGGUAUAAUCGUUUGAGCUCAUUGUUGUUCGGAGGAUAUAAUCAGGGAUAAAAGUAUUUUUAAAUGUAUGUUAUUAUGCUCAUGUGUUUGUAUGCUUAAAACACUGUACAUGCUUGUUUGGAUUGGAUGAAUUUUCACUUUAUUAAAAAUAAAAAACAUCCAUCAAGGGCUUUAUUUUAUUAACACAUAGACAUGAUGAUAGUUCACCUAACUUAAAGCCCAAAUCUAUCAGUUCAGCCUUUCAAUUAACAGGAGAGGGGUGUUCACCAAGAAGCCUGCCCUCCGAGUCAGAAUAGCUAUUUUAUUUCUAUGGGCCUGCCACUCAGCUACAUGCUGCAUUCAAGUUUAUCAAGUAAAUUCUAACUUCUUGAUACUCGAAGAUUGACGUGGCUGCAAAUA